AUGAGUGAAGCUAUUAAGAUGGACAUGAAGAAUGGGAGACGCAAUCGUGGAAACCCGCCGAAGAUCAAGUUUACCGAGCGCCAUGAUACCCCGGCCUUCUGUCUAGUCAAAGCGAUUUGCGGAAUAGCAUUCAAGGAUGGUGCCUUCGUAAGUGAAUGGAUCCGUGAACCCGAGGAUAUCUAUGGAAUCAAAAUCCCCGAUCGCCUUCAAUCCGUGCCCAUUAAAUGGGCUGCGGAGUGGAAACAAACUCCCGUGUUCCGUCGGACGGUUCGUGAUGUGAAAGGAAACCUUGAGACCUCACCAACACUGGCCACACAAUACCAUCAGAUGGCAAAUUGGAAUCUGCGGCUGGGAAAAUCGUUUGGAUUGAAGGAACCAUUUGAAUUUAAGACGCUUCGUCGUGCAGCUGCAGCGGUGCUUCCUGAGGGAGUCCGUAGCCAGGCGAUGGGCCAUGUGAAUGGUUCAAUCCACGAACGCAGCUACCGGAACGAGGUUGUUGACACUGACAUUGUGUCUGCCUUCCUUGAAACACCAUCAGAUAAAUCAACCAUGAAGCUGAUCGGCCACACGUCUCUUACACGAGAUCCUAACGCCCCUACCAAGCCUACACCUGCACACCGCCAUCAAGUGCAAGAAGACACCGAAAUUAUCGAGGCUAGAAGAAUGCUUGAUUCCCAAACGCAGACCAUCAUAAAUCGCUAUCGCUCGCUUGCACAAGCGACAAGGAAUGCUCAACACGAUCUGAAAUUACAAGCAGAACUUGACCAUCAUGCUCAAUUAAAACGAGAACAUAAUGCCCUUUUUAAGCGAAAGCUAAGGGCAGUCUUUGAACAAUCACGGAAGCAAUAUUUUGAGACUCUUGGAGUGAUCUGCCUUCAGAAUCAGCACACAGGCAACCCAGAACCCCCCAGGCCUGAUGAACAGCCAUUCCGCUUCCUUGAACGUGAGGAUCUUAUAAGACUACUCUUCCCCCGGUCUCUGCCUACAUCUCCUCAACAGCAGGUGGAAAAUAGUUCUAAGAUCAUCAGACUGAUCAGCACCUUCGCUAUCACGCCGAGCCGUUUACCUGUCCCCACCCCUCUUUUUCUCUGGCGGGACUUCGACUUGAGGAUCACGACCGUUUCAAGAGUCAUGCUCUGCAGGUACACCAAAUUGUACACUGCUCUUGAGCCACUGUUGGCAUCGAUAGACAAUCCUUGUCAUUAA